AUGGAUAAUAAGUUUUAUUCAGAUUUUGGCCAUCUUUCUAUAAGAGCAUCCAAUUAUACAGCUACUCAUUUUACUGAUUUCCUACUGACUGGAGUCCCAGGAUUAGAAGAUUUCCAAAUCUGGAUCUCAAUCCCUUUCAGUUUUAUGUACCUUUUGGCUGUGAUAGGAAAUGGUCUAGUUAUGGCAGUGGUGGCCUGGGACAGGAACCUCCAUGAACCCAUGUAUCUCUUUCUUGCCAUGCUGGCACUCAAUGAUGUCUUCCUUUGCACUGUCACAGUGCCCAAAAUGCUGGUUAUCUUCUGGCUCGGUCCCUCCCCAUCAACUUUUGCUGCCUGUCUUACACAGAUGUUCUUUGUCCAUGCUCUAUUCCUCUCUGAAUCUGCGGUUCUGCUGGCCAUGGCUUUUGAUCGCUACGUGGCUAUCUGUGCACCACUUCAUUAUGCAACUCUACUUACGAGCUCUCUCAUUGGCAAAGUGGGACUCGCUCUGAUGGCUCGGAGCGUAGUUGUGGUCGUCCCAGGAGUCCUCCUUAUUCUCCGUUUGCACUUCUGCAGGAGCAACGUUAUUCACCAUACCUACUGUGAGAACAUGGGCAUUGCCAAGUUGGCCUGCAAUAGCUUUACUGCCAAUAGCAUUUAUGGACUCACUGCCGCUUUCCUCACCACAGGGCUGGAUUUUGUGUUCAUCUCAAUAUCCUACUGGUUAAUCCUGAGAACGGUCUUCCGACUGCCUUCUAAAGAAGCUCGCGCAAAGGCCUUUGGAACCUGUGGAGCUCAUAUAUGUGUAAUCUUAAUAUUCUAUACACUGGCCUUCUUUUCUUUUUUUACCCAUCGCUUUGGGACUCGUGUACCCAGGCAUACCCUUAUUCUCCUGGCAAACCUCUACUUACUAAUACCACCUACCAUGAAUCCCAUUGUUUAUGGCGUAAAGACAAAAGAGAUAAGGAUGAGAGUUUUAGGGUUCUGCAACAAACCAAAAUAA